AUGCCAUUAUACGAUGUAAACUUUGGUGCACAUGAUAAUACCAAAACACUGGUGAUACGGCGCAAAGAUAACUUAUUAACCACACCAUUCACAAUGUCUUGGAAUACUGUAAUUGAUCGUCAUUGUCUAAAUAGUUCGGAAUUCAGAGAUUUCUGGGUUAUUUGGGAUAGAGGAAUUGUCAAACAUGGACGAGGAACUGUGAUUGGUGAUGAUCUGAUUGGUGAAUGGACAGAUCCAAACCCGUUUCCGGUUAAAAGUAUUUGCGUUUUAAACAGCUAUAAUUCUAAAGGCGACUGGAUAAUACACGCUACAGGUCUGGUAGUAGAAUUUACAUUUUCUUCCACCGAUGAUGGACAACAAAUGACAUCUGGCUCAACACCUGAUAUAUUGGAUCAUGCUGUGUAUUUAGAUAAAUAUGGCAUCGAGGGUUCAACAAUCACUUCUUUCACAUUUCAAGUUAAAGCUAGCAGGGAUGAAACUAUAUAUUUAUCAAGCUCAACCACUAUGGAUAGCAUAAUGCCGUUCUACGAUUUUAAUUUUGGUGCACAUACUAAUACAAAAACACAGCUGGUGCGGCGCAAAGAUAAUUUAUUAACCACACCAUUUUCAACGUCUUGGAAUGCUGUAAUCGAUCGUCAUCGUCUGAAAGGUUGA